UUUUCUCUCUCCUUCUCUCUCUCUCUCUCUCUCUCUUUCUCUCUCUCUCUAUCUCUAGGCAACAUCUUUGUGGUGAGCCUGGCUGUGGCCGACCUGGUGGUGGCCAUCUACCCCUACCCUCUGGUCCUCACCUCCAUCUUCCACAAAGGCUGGAACCUGGGCUAUGUCCACUGCCAGAUCAGCGGUUUUCUCAUGGGYGUCAGCGUCAUCGGCUCCAUCUUCAACAUCACCGGCAUUGCCAUCAACCGCUACUGUUAUAUAUGUCACAGCCUUAAGUACGACAAGCUGUACAGCGACAAGAACUCAGUGUGUUACGUCCUACUCAUCUGGGCGUUGACCAUUGUGGCCAUCGUGCCGAAUCUCUUCGUGGGUUCGUUGCAGUAUGACCCUAGGGUGUAUUCGUGUACGUUCGAGCAGUCGGCGAGUUCGGCGUACACCAUCGCCGUGGUCUUCUUCCACUUCAUCCUACCGAUCAUGAUCGUCACUUACUGCUACCUGAGGAUCUGGAUCCUGGUCAUUCAGGUUAGGCGACGUGUCAAACCGGACAAUAGACCGAAACUGACGCCACACGACGUGAGGAACUUCGUGACUAUGUUCGUGGUGUUUGUGCUGUUCGCCGUGUGCUGGGCGCCGCUCAACUUCAUCGGGCUGGCGGUGGCCAUCAACCCAGAGGUGGUGGUGCCUCUCAUCCCUGAGUGGCUCUUCGUGGCGAGCUACUUCAUGGCCUACUUCAACAGCUGCCUUAAUGCCAUCGUAUACGGRGUGCUCAACCAGAACUUCCGGCGCGAGUACAAGCGCAUUGUGGUGUCGGUCUGCACGGCGCGAAUCUUCUUCCACGGCAGCUCCAACGACGCGGCCGAGCGGCUCAAGRGCAAGCCGUCGCCGCUCAUCACCAACAACAACCAGGUCAAGGUGGAGUUGGUGUGAGAGGACCAGCUGGUCCCAGUGCGCUCCCUACCCCUCCCCCAUGGCGCRAACCCAUCAAUGUCUAUACAUCUGUAAGGUGGAAGGAAGCAAUAUGGCGGAAGCUCAAGCUGCCCCAUUUCGCUUCUUGUACCUAUCCAGUACACUGCAGAUCUACAAACAUUGGAGGAGUUAAGGAGCCCAGGGGAAGGGGUAGGGAGCGAUUUGGGACCGGGUGAUACUAACACACACGCAUGGACAAAGGGGGAGGGAGGCUUAGGGGAACCAACGUGACAGAAAAUAGUAAAAUUACUUWAAAAAAUACAAGUGAAAGGAAAACAAUUACCAAAUACAAAACAGUUCCACUUUCUGAACCGUCCGUGAUCUGUGCUAUCUUCACCUCUAUACAGUCAAAGCGAAACGGGGAAAAUGUAKCUUUGUCUUUUGCGAAAAGCACUUUUGUUAGUUUUUUUGGUACUUAAAAAGUGAUAAUGUACUUUUGUUUUCAUGUUUACAGUGAUGAUAACAGUGACUCUAUGUAUGACAUAUUAUAUGUUUUUAUUUUAUAUGAAGUAUAUGUUAUAUAGAUGUACGAGAAUAUAUAUCAGGUUCAUUUCACCAACAUCAAUAAUCCGAUGAAAGAAAAUGACUAGGGUUGYAAAAUUCCUGGAACUUCUCAAAAAUUCACAGGUUUUUCAGAAAUCCCAGUUGGAAUAUUCCCAGAAUCAGGAGGAAAUAAGUAGCAAUCAAGAUUUAUAGAAAACCUGCAUUUUGCAAACCUACAAAUGACAAAUAUAUCAUACCGUGAAAGCCAGAAAAAUUCUGCAAUGUCUGGUCACAAACAUUACCAAAAGUGUUUUUUUUAAAGAUUUUACCAAUGUUAAUGAUCAUUUUUGUUGGGUUGUGACACUGUAACACUCCUUCCUUUGGAGGAGGAAGCAAUAUGUUUGGAUUGCUGCUGUGUCACGAUGCCCUGCAAAACUGUUCCCAUCAUUCAGUGGAAUAUGUUUGUAAGUAUGGGAUUUCUUUCUUUCUCGCUCACUUCUCAUUCUCUAAGAGACAUCUUUCUCUCUCUCUCUUUCUCUAUCUCUGUGAGCUCUUUGUAUGCAUGGAUCUGAAGAAUCGUUCAUAUGCAAAAUAAAGGAUCAGAUGCAGA